AGUAAUGGCAACCUACACUUGUAUCACUUGCCGCGUGGCUUUCAAGGAUGCUGACAUUCAGCGUGCCCACUACAAGACGGACUGGCAUCGGUACAAUCUGAAGCGCAAGGUCGCCGACAUGCCCCCUGUCACCGCCGAGAAUUUCCAAGAGAGAGUCCUAGCGCAGAGGGCGGUGGCAGAGGAGCAGAACAAAGUCACUGCCACGUACUGCGCAGUUUGCAGCAAGAGGUUCUCCACCUUCAAUGCCUACGAGAAUCACCUGAAGUCCAAGAAGCACCUGGAGUUGGAGAAGAAAGCUGUUCAAGCUGUCAGCAAGAAGGUGGAAACAUUAAAUGAAAAGAACCUGGAAAAGGGGCUGGGCCUGGAGAGUGUAGACAAAGAUGAAAUGAACACGGCUAUUCAGCAAGCCAUCAGGGCUCAGCCAUCUUCCUCUCCGAAGAAGACGCCUUUACCUCCCGGUAAUGCAGGUAGCUCUCCCCUUUCCACAGGAAGUGCCAGCUUAUCCCGGAGCAGAGAGCGAUUGGAAAAACCUCCACGGCUGCAGUGGUUUGAACAGCAAGCAAAGAAGCUGGCCAAACAGCAAGCAGAGGAAGAGGAGGAUACGGAAGAAGACUGGGAAGAUAUGGAUUCUGAUGAAGACCUUGGCUCUGAAGAAGAGAUGGAAAGUGUGGGAGAAGAGGAGAAGGAGGAGGAGCAGGCAGAAGGUGAAAGCACUCCAGCUGUUGGGGCCAUACCAGUCACGGACUGCUUGUUCUGUCCCCACCAUUCAAGAUCUCUGACGAAAAAUGUGGCCCAUAUGACAAAAGCUCACAGUUUCUUCAUUCCAGACAUAGAGUACCUUGUGGAUCUCAGAGGACUAAUCAAGUACCUGGGAGAGAAGGUUGGUGUUGGGAAAAUCUGCAUCUGGUGCAAUGAGAAGGGGAAAUCCUUCUACUCGACAGAAGCCGUACAGGCUCACAUGAAUGACAAAAGCCACUGCAAACUCUUCACAGAUGGAGAUGCUGCCCUGGAAUUUGCAGACUUCUAUGAUUUUAGGAGCAGUUACCCUGACCACAAGGAUGGGGAAGAUGUGGAGGGGCCUGGGGAGCGCCCAGCAGAGAGAGAGUUGGAUUAUGAUGAUGACACCAUGGAGCUGAUCCUUCCUUCAGGUGCAAGAGUGGGUCAUCGUUCUUUGAUGAGAUACUACAAGCAACGGUUUGGUCUGUCAAGAACGGUGGCUGUGGCGAAAAACAAGAAAGCAGUGGGUCGGGUGUUGCAGCAGUACAGAGCUCUGGGCUGGACAAGUCAGACAGGGGCAUUCUCUGCGCAGCAGCGGGAUAUGCGGUACCUGCAGAGGAUGAAGUCAAAGUGGAUGCUCAAGACAGGAAUGAGUAACAAUGCUACAAAGCAGAUGCAUUUCCGGGCGCAAGUCAGAUUUUGAGUUCCCAAGAGAGCUGCGUCCUGUUGGCUUUGGGAAGGGGGAUUUAAUGGUUUCUGGGUCGAUGAUUUUGUUAUUAAAAUGGACUUGG